AAAUUAUUAACUUGAUUCCGAAAACAACAAUGUACUCAGAAUAGCUAGUUCAGUUUCCAAUGGAUAGGCGAAGAAGGUGACCGUUGUUCUCAGAGUAAAACAAGCUUCAUCUUUUAUUUCAUAUUUUUCAUAUACAUGUAUUGAUUUGCGGAAUCAGAAAAACGAAGAAGAAGAGGGAGAUGAGGAUUAAAUCUGCUGUAUUAGUUAAUCAAAAUUCUUCAAUUGUCUUCUUCAAUGGUUACUGUAAGCUUCUUAAUUUUCAUUCUCAUUUACCCCUUUUUCAAUACUUUCAAUUCCGACAUUGUUCUUCUUAUUAUUAUGCGAAAGAGAAUAUUAUUAAUAUUGUUGUUGAUGACCCUCAAUUAUUCCUUAAAUCUGUGAGACACAAAUGCAAGUUAGGGUUUUACAAUAUUAAUCAUCCCAUUUCUCUAUUUGAUGUUAUGAUUUCAUUGCACCCUCUUCCUUCUAUUGUUGAUUUCUGUAUGCUUUUUACAGCAAUGUGUAAGAUUAAACCCCACCCCCCCUUUUCAACUGUUAUCUCUCUCCUCAGGCAACUUCAUCUUUCCGGCAUCCCACCCGAUCUUUAUUCCCUCAACAUCCUUGCCAAUUGUUAUUGUCCCUCCGGUCGUGUUGAUUUUGGAUUUUCUGUUCUAGCCAAGCUGUUGAAGAUGGGACAUCCACCCAGUAUCGUCACUUUCACUACCUUCAUUAAUGGCCUUAUUCAUUCGGAUUGGUUGGAUGAAGCUGUUCAAUUGCUUGAUAAGACUCUCAAGCUUGGCUUCCAACCUACUAUUGUUACCUAUGGGACUAUGUUUAAAGGUCUUUGCAAACGAGGAAACAAUGUUGGUGCUCUUAAGUUGCUUAGGACUAUGGAAUCCCAUGGCCAUUUCCUGCCUGAUGUUGUCAUAUAUAAUACCAUCAUCGAUAGUCUCUGUAAAGACCAGGCUUUACCUCAAGCUCUCCAACUUUUUGAGGAGAUGAAAACCAAGCGCAUUUUACCCACUGUAUUCACUUAUUAUUCUCUAAUUCGAGGUAUGUGUAGAUUGUGCACUGUGGGGAAGUGGAAAGAUGCUCAAGAGAUGUUAACUCAGAUGUUGGACAACAAUAUAGUUGCCGAUGUGGAGAUCUACAGCAUGUUGAUUGACAUGUAUUGUAAAGAAGGGAUGGUUGUUGAAGCAAGGGCUGUAUUUGGUUACAUGAUUGACAAUGGUCAGGUUCCAGAUAUAAUCACUUAUAAUGCUUUACUAGAUGGAUACUGUUUACGUGGUGAGAUGGAAGAGGCAGAAAAGCUAGUUAAUAUGAUGGUAGAACAUGGCUGUGAACCUGACCUUUUUACUUUUAACAGCUUAAUCAAUGGAUAUGCCAAGUCUAAAAAGCUUGACAUAGCUCUGCGUCUUUUCCAAGAAAUGCCACAUAAAGGACUAACUCCUAAUGUUGUCACAUAUAACACUCUUAUUGAUUCCCUGUGCAAGGACAAUCAAGUACAAUGUGCACGGGAGCUCUUUAAAGAAAUGGAAUCUCAUGGCUUAAAACCCAACGUAGUCACUUAUAGUUCAUUGAUUGAUGGUCUAUGUCACAAUGCACUGAUUGACGAGGCAAUACAUUUGCACAAACACAUGAAGCAUAGUGGUGUGCUCCCCAAUAUCUUCAUGUACACUAUUCUAAUUGAUGGGUUGUGUGAAGCUGGGCGACUUGAAGAGGCUUUGAAUAUCUUUUCCUUUCUAGUAUCCAAGGGGUUACUUUUAAGUGUGCGUACUUACACAGUUCUGAUCAAAGGCCUCUGUAAAAAAAAAGGGCUACUAGCUGAUGCCAACGAGCUAUUGAAGAAAAUGGUAGAUGAUGGAUGUCCUCCAAAUGAGUACACCUACAAUAUAAUUAUUAGGGGAUUUCUUCAUGGUAAUGAUAUCAGCAAGUCUUUGGAGCUUGUGAGCGUUAUGACCACCAACGGGUUUGCAGCUGAUGCUCACACUACUUCGGUAUUUCUGGACUUACUCAUUGAUCCCAGAGUUAGCAAAGAAAACAAGGCAUUGCUUUAAAAGUUUUUCGAGAAAUGAGUAAGUCCUUUGUAGACGCAGAAGUUUUCAUAGUUAGUCUUACGUGUGUUUAUCAAUUUUCAAAGCGGAAGCCAAUUUAUGGAGGCAGGGAUCUUCAUUUUGUUUGCUUGCAUUCCUCAUGUACUUUCCUACAUUUCCCCACCUUUAAGUGUACAUGUAUUUCCCUAAUUUAUAUGCAUUGUAAAAUUGGAAUUUGUUGUAACUCACAAACCAAAAUUGAUUGAAAAACUUUUUGUGCUAAGAACUACUCCGUCUGUUCCUACUUGUUCUUUCUCUUUUGACAUUUUUUCUCUUUCAGUUUGAUUCUAAACAGGAAGAACAAAUAGGAAAGGAGGUAGUAUGAAUAUACAUUCUAGAGCUGGUUGGCAUUAAUUUGAUGCUUAAAAUUUAUAUGAGUACAAGGAUUGCUGCAUUCUCUCUCUACUCCAUGUUAUAUAUUCGUGUACUAGAAUAUACUUAUUGUUUGUGCUAUGUUCUUGAUUGAUUUUGUUCAAGCUACAUGGCAUGAACCUGUUAUUGACAGUGGAAAUGCAUCUAAUGUUUUGUUUGGCAAUGUUAGCUCCGAGUUAAUGAUAAUACUGGAAAUUGAGUCCUUGUCGCGGGUGGAAAUAUUUUUAAUCACUUCCUAUUUUUUUUUCCCGAACUCGUUGUUGAUCUUUUCUAUCUAUAUGUUUGUAUGAAGUGAUCCUUCAUACAUUCUUCUUCUUUGGUUUGGAUUUGAUUAGAUUCAAUUUUGAGUUACAUAGAUUAAAAAUAUGAGGCUUACUUGGGAUUCAGGAAAAUAUGGCGUUGGAUAGGGCAAAGUGGAAGAAGAGCAUCUAUGUGGACAUGACCUUAUAUAUAUUCCUUUUGAUUCCUUUUACUUCAUUUCUUGUGGUUAACAAACAUUUCUCCUCAAAGUGUUUUUAUAUAUUCUCCUUUCCACGUGAUUUUCUUCACGUUUGAUUUUUUUUUCACCUUUUAUGGAGAUGUCUCAAAUAAAUCUGUAUAUCCUCAUGUUUUAGAUUUGUCUUUACAUCAAUUCUGUUUUUGGUUCCUUAUGUUUUCCCUUUUCUUACUCCUCUCACCUUCACCUUCACUUUCUCAUUUUUUUUUGUUUUACUCUUUUAUCCUUUUAUUAUUGUUUCAUUUGUCCAAGAACGAGUUCUUAUGAUGAUUCAUAUUAGCUGAUCGGAAUUUUUUUGGGAAUAAGGCUUUGUUGCAGUUAAUUUGAUUAGAAAUGUGGUUUUACCAUCUCAAUUGAAGUAUAAUGGAUGUUUCAUUGCAUGAAGGAUUUAAUCCUAUGUCUAAUUGCGUGGAUCAGCUGGAUUCGAACCUAAUCGCACAAUUAAUAGACAUUGUGGUAGCAUAUCUUUAUUAAUUGAGCAUCAAAAGGUAGUAGGUACAAGAUUGCCUCAUGGUUGAUUUAUCUUAUCACUGUUGAUUUAACUGUCACUUGUUUAAGGUAAAAUUUAGCGAGCUAACCAAUGAUCUUCAUUUACAAUACUUGAUUUUGUAUGAGUAUUGACCGUGGUCUUAUUUCACAACUUGCUCCUAUUGAGAAAGCUAACUCUCUCUUCUAUGAUUCUUUGUUCAGAAUCAACUAGGUGUAACCUUUUGCUAGCCUACAUAUCCUCAUACUGUCCAAAUUUUCUCUUUCAUUUGUUACAUACUCUUUCUAUGCAGCAAAUUAACUGUUGUUUAACAUACAAGUAGUUAAUAAUGUUCAAUAGCAAUUCAUGCCUACAUGCAUUGCAUGAUAAGGUUCCAUUGGUAAAAUAUUGUGUUACUUCAACACCUUUGUUUACCUUAGGUGUCGUGUCGUGUCCGACAUGAUAAGACACUUGGAUAAACCAGAAACAUGACAUUUUUCUACAAAAUGGCAGAGCCUGACGCCGGAACACCCGAAUCCGAGUAGACACUCUAUCCGUGUGAGAAAAUGAAUGUGUGCAUAUGCAAGUUGACAUUCAGCAUGCCCACCAGCUCCGCUGUUGAUAGACGGGGGCAGGGGCCAUAACCUCUGGUUCGGCCUUGGCAAUUCCAGGAAGGUCUAACAUUCCAAGAGCAGCAGCAUGUUAAUGGUCUCUGGAUUAACAGGAAUUAACUCAACCUUGUUAGCAGACUCAGAAGUCAGCAAGCAGAAUUUUGCAGAAAUUCCUCGAACAGGGAGGGCCCUUCUGAAUUCUCUUUUGAGAUGAGUGAAAAAAACCAGCAAUCUUGUUGCGAUAACGCUUGGAAGAAAUGAUUGUAACCUUCUCCAGGAUCUUUUGUUGAUGUGGAAAUCCAACGUCAUUGAAGAAUAACGCUUCUCGAUGACUUGGCAAAAGACUACUUCACAGCGUUUCAGUAGCUUAAAAAGAAUACACCUAUUCUUAUGCCUGGACUAUUCAAGAUUACAUCGAGCAUAGUACAUUUGAAAUGUAGCUGGCUGCUCUGUUUUGCUGAAACUUCAGGAGUAGUUGAAUUAGCUCCUGUAUAUUCAAGACUGGUAAAUUACAUUGCACACAAGGUUGAAGUUGUCUGCAUUGUUAAGAAGGUUAAAUUGGAUUUGGUCGCACAAGUGGCAAUCACUGGCCUUUGAAACACAAAGCUUUAGUACUGAUAUAGCGCGAUGGAAAAGGUUUUCCAGUAUAAAUAUACCGAAGUUAUGUAAAAUAGUGUUGCAGGUUAUUGGUAAUGGUCUGCCUCUAGAGCAAUAAUGGUGCUGGACUGCUGGUGACCACGCUAGAGAUGUGCUAGCGUAACAGAGAGAGUUCAAUUUUAACUUCUGCAGGAAACCCUGUACGCUCUGCAGGUGGACUUGUGUCCUCAGGGUUAAUUUUAAGGAUAAGUCUCAAUAUCUCUGUGCUGAAGUCGCUUAGCAGUGGCAUGAUAGUAUGUGAUCGAAUUAUAACAAAUACUUCUGUCAAAUAUUUACACUUUACAGUGUUUUUCUGCUUAUUUUAUUGGCAGUUCUUCUAGUGUUUUUCCUUCUCCUUUUCCCAAGCUACUUUCACUGAGCUCGUUGUGUUCUUCUGUUCAGGAUUCUGGACUGUAAUGAAUAAUGCUGGUUUAGACCUGGGAUGUGCAGCAUGUACUGUUAAAACUGGACAUAUUUUAAUAGUUUUGCCAAUUUGGAAGACAAGGAGUUUCAUGUAAUGUGGUGUAUCCUGAUUCCGGAGACUGGAGAAAUUACUUCAAAUAUUGAAUUCAGAAAGUUCCGGUUGAUUAUCAAAGUGAGACUUGUAGAUUUUCAGUCAAACAGUCUAGUGUUUUCAUUUUUCUCAAAUGUAUUGAACUAGAUGUGUAAUAAGACUUAGCACCAGCAAAUUCUUGUUUCUUUUCUUAAGGUAAAUUUACUUCAUCUUAUAUUUGUUGUUCUGGGAUAUUGAUGCAGGAAUAUACUAAUAUUACCAUUAUGCUA